AUGGCAACUCUACUUCACUUUAUCGUCACUCGAAAAAAUUACAAAGAUUACAUAAAUAGUUUAUAUACUCGAAUUCAUCGGCCAGAGGCCUUUGAAGCACAGAUUCAGACAUUUCUGCAGGAGGCGCAAUCGGCUUCCACGGAUCCUAGGCAAAAUGAAAUGGUUGAAUAUAUUUUCAAGAAUCACCUGCAUUCUCCUCACGAUCCGGAAUUUCAAUUAAAAUUUCCAGAUUAUGGGAGCUACUGCUAUAUAGCGUUCGACGUAGUAGAACUUAUAGAAAUUGAGAGUGCGAACGCGCCGUGGCUGUAUCGCGCUGUUUGGGAAAGAGCAAAGCAACAAGCAAUUACUACGGUAGUAGUAUACUGUCAAAAAGCACUCGCAGCCUACUCCAAAUAUGGGAAAAUGUUAGGCAACGUACAAAUCAUUGUAACUUUAACUUACAGCGCAUUCUCGAACAUCAAAGGGUGGUGGAACGGCGAAAUCUCUGGGGCAAGGUGUGUCAAAAGUAUAAUGGACGAUGUUGUAGCUAUUGCAGGCGGUGUGGCAGGAGGCGUCGGGGGAGCUGCUAUUGGAACACUUAUAUUUCCAGGAGUUGGAACAGCAAUUGGAGGAUUUUUAGGCGGAGUUUUAGGAGGAGCGGUUGCCGGGGGCCUUUCAUCUUGGCUGACGGAGCAUAUUUUUGAUCUGGCGCCAACCGUAGCAUUGGAAAAGGCUUAUAGGUACUUAGGAGUCUCGCACCACUGUUCCAAUGACGAAAUUAACAAAGCUUACAGGCGACUUGCACUUCAAUGUCAUCCGGAUAAAGGUGGAAACUCGGAAGACUUUGUCAAACUGAACACUCAAGUUGCAAUCAUUAAAGCAGCACGUGGUGACAACUGA